AUGGUUGGUCUCUUGAACCGUCCGGAGGAUGUCUCUCCGAGCCCUGCAUUCAGCUCAAUUCCCCUAACUGGCCCAGUUGUUGACGAGGAGCUGCUUCGUUGGGUAGCAGAAGCUGAAUAUCUCGGUGUUUCCAGGGAAACUGCGAUCUUGAUUGCUACUAAGAGAAGGGCAUUAAAUCUGAACAAAUCUGGGAAUAAUCUGGUAGUAGAUGAACAAAAGUGUAUUCCUUUGGCUUCUGAAAGGCCGCCUUCUUGUUCUAAGGACAUUUCUCAAUCACCUAUUAGUGCGAUUAGGGCAGAGGCAGAUGUAUGUGUUAAGCAAGACUCUGGAGUAGCUUCCCUACCUGGAACGGAUCAUGAAUCGUGCUCGGAAGGUUGUGACUGCGAAGGUCACCUGGACUUGGGAUUACAGGAAGAGCAACCACAGAAACCUAUUAGCAUUGGUCUCAAAAACUCUUCUUCACAAACAUCUUCUACUCAAGAGACAAUUACUACUAAGUUUGAUGGUCCACUUGACCAAGUUAUCAAUACAGCUAUUGCUCAUAUAAACUUAGACGAAUCAAAGAGAAAGAAAAAGAAGAACAAAAAAAAAAAGAAAUUCUCUCAAAAAAAUAUUUUUAACACUUCUUCUCAUAGUGACAAUAUAUCUAAUGUGAUUUCGAGUCAAUGUACCAAUGCUCAACUUCUCAAAACAAUCGUGGAAAAAGACUCCAGCUCGAAAAUGGUGCUCAGUGAUGAUAAUAAUAGCAGUGUUGACACAACCAUGGGAGUAGUAAAUUCCGGAACUAACCAAGUAGAUAGGUUAACUACUUAUUGUUCUGGUCUAGAUGCAGUAGUAGCUGCACAUAGUAACAACCCAUUCAAUAAUAAUGGCAGAAAUUAUAAUAUUAAGGUUAAAAGAAAGAAGAGAUUUUAUCAGAAGAACUGUAGCAAUCCUAGCUCAUCGUAUAAUAAACAAAAUACUACACAGAACACACAGGUUAACUCGACUCUUAACGAUUUCCCAGAGCCCUCUAGAAUGAACCUUAAACAUACUAAAAGAAAUUUCAAUAGAAACAGAAACAGUUUGGGGCUUAAUCCAAACUCUAUCUCCCAUAAGGUAACUGAUAAUGGCAAUCACACAACAUUAACCAAUCCUGAACUUAGAAACCCCACCCAACAACAUAAAAGUAAUGGAGGAAACGGUAGGCGUGCAAAUAACUCUGAAAGAGGCCGUGUCAGGCCUAGAAAAUCAGAAGCUGUAGAACAUGUCCGUGAACAACUUCGGAUCGCUUUUAGGUCCAGAGGAGUUUUGGAAAUUUAA